GAAGUAUCUCUCCAGGAUGUUCGGAAGGAGAUCAACUUCUGCCGUAAAGUGAAACUGCCGAUCAUAGGUGUUGUGGAAAAUAUGAGUGGCUUUAUAUGUCCGAAGUGUAAGAAUGAAUCUCAGAUCUUUCCCCCGACUACUGGAGGUGCAGAGAAGAUGUGCCAGGAUUUAAAUGUUACCCUCCUGGGCAAAGUGCCUCUAGAUCCUCGAAUAGGGAAAAGUUGUGACCAAGGUCAGUCUGUCUUCUCUGAAGCACCUGAGUCUCCAGCUACACUGUCUUACAGGAGCAUCAUCCACAGAAUUCAGGAAUACUGUGAUCAACACCAUUUACAAGAAGAAAAGACUGUCUAAUCUGGGAAUGGAAUAAAAACAUAGUCCGUGUUUAAUUGCAGGAAAGUAACUUAUGCCUUGAUUUAAUAGAUGGAAUGUAUUCUUUUUGUAUUUUGCAAAUAAAUUCUUAACAUAAA